AUGGUUAUUGGGAAAUCAUUAAACCCACGAUCACUUAACAAUUUUACGGAUAUUGCAGUUGUCUACGGAGGAAAUAAAAGUGCUUGGAUGACCUUGGCUUUGUUUGACGAAUGGUUUCACAAAACAUUUGUUCCAGAGGUAAAAGGGUUCCUUCGUGCCGAAAAUCUUCCCGAAAAGGCUCUAUUGCUUAUUGAUAAUGCUCCAUGCCAUCCCAAAGACGGCGAGUUAAUGAGUAGUGAUGGUCAAAUAUCUGUGAUGUGUCUUCCUCCAAACUGUACUACACUUAUACAGCCCAUGGACCAGAAUGUUAUAAAACUUACGAAAUUGAACUACAAAACAAGCCUUUUAAGUGACAUCGUUCGCCGUAGAAAAACAAUAGACGAAUCUCUGCGAAAUAUCAACUUAAAACACACAAUAUGCUUUUUAGCUAAUGCCUGGGAUGCUGUUAAUGUGACCUCCAUUCAGUCAUCAUUUCAAAAACUGUUUGAGGUAACAGUCGAAGGGGAUAGUGAAGAUGUCAUCCCUCUUUCAGAGUUACGCUUACAGCUUGUUAAAGACACAUCCAAUAUUCAAGCAAUUUCAAAUUUGCUUCAAGAAAUAAAACCAUUGCAGCAAAUAUCCGAUUCUGAAAUUUAG